AUGGGUAACUUCAAUAUGCUCCCAUCAGAUAUUGUGUUAGAUAUCUUAUCUCGUUUACCCACUGAGUCUAUUUUAGAAUGCAAAUUCGUAUCAAAACCCUGGAAAAAUGUUGUUAAACAUCCAUCCUUCUCACUGAAGCAUUUGAAUCAUCUCAAUGCUUUUGAUUCUGGUAAAUUGAGUUUCAUUUUCCGGGAUCCACAACCAUAUCCUUAUACUGAGUAUGAUGAGAGCUUAAACCGUUUAAAAACAACAAGGAUCAAUUUCAUUCCUCCAACUGAAAACUGUUGCAUCCUUGGUUCCUGUAAUGGCUUAAUUUGUUUCUUUGCAUGGUUUAAGGAUCAUUAUAGUCCUGCUUAUAUCUGUAAUCCCAUUACUAGAGAAUAUGUUGUGCUUCCAGAAGUUAACGUAAGAUACAUGUUAACUGGAUUUGGUUACAUUCCUUCAACCAAUGAGUACAAAGUUGUUAGCGUAUGUAAUCAGAAGGGAGACCAGAAAUUUGGAAAUGUUCAAGUAUACACUCUUGGCAGUGGCAUUGGAUGGAGAAAUUUGGGAAGUAUAGAAAUCAAAAUAAGUUAUGUUUCACAGCCUGGUGAAUUUGCCAAUGGAGCUAUUUAUUGGGUGGACAAGGAGGAAGGAACCAUUCACGCCUUCGAUUUGGCUGUUGAAGAAAUCCGCAUAAUUCCAUCACCACGAGCUGGUAUUCCAAAACUACAGGCUGUAGAGGAUUUUCUAUGUGCAGCUUAUAAAUAUGAUGGAGGUUGUGACACAUGGGUUUUAAAAAAGGAUGAAAAGAAUCAGGAUGUGAUUUGA